AUGGUUCCUUCUGCGGCUAGCGGGUUAACGUCGUACGUUGGAGGAGUUGUAAGCGGAAAACUGAAGCCUUCCUUAGAUUUCGCGGUUACCAAAAAUAUGAUGAUUACAAGUGUUGGAUCUAUCGUUAAUAUAUUUGUACUGCUAGCCAUCAUGUUCAUUCAGUGCCCUGCCAACAAUUUUCCACAUGGAUAUUCGGAAUCAACAAAAAGUGUUAAUCUCACUUCAGCCUGCAACAAAAACUGUUCGUGUUUGGUUGAUUCAUUUGAUCCGGUUUGUGGCGUCGACAACGUGUGGUAUCUCUCCCCGUGCCACGCUGGAUGUUCUGCACAUUUCAGUAAUAGUAAUGGAUCAAUGAUGUUCAGCAACUGUUCUUGUAUAAACGGCGAGCAACAAACUGCAGAAGCAGGAUAUUGUGACAAUUCUUGUACCUUUUUUCUUAUUCUAUAUAUAAUUGGUUUGACGUUAUUUUGUUCAGUCAGCAAUUUGUACAAUGUGCCCAUCACCAAUGUAAUUCUCAAAUGCGUGGAUGAAGAAGAUAAAUCCUUAGCGUUAGGCAUACAGCUGAUUCUAAUUUGCUUAGCAAUGCUUCCUUCUCCGUUGAUAUAUGGACAGCUGAUCGAUUGGACCUGCAUUUUGUGGAAGACAUCUUCAUGCAGUGACGCAAGGGGUUCCUGCUUGGCAUACGACAACUCCAUGCUCAGGCUGGUCAUGCAUGGAAACACUCUCUUCUGGCGCUUCAUGGCAGCAGUCUUUUAUACCAUAAGUUUUUUACUUUCUUGGAGAAAAUUUAAAAAAUUGGAACUGAAAAAUGUCGAUAAUUCUAACGACACUAAAGGAAAACAUGUUAAAAAUUAAUAUCAAGGUCAUUCGUAAUUAUUUUUAAACAUUAUCGUUUUAUCGAUUUCAUUUCUGUUAUUUAUGAUAUUUUUACAUUUGUUUUAAAAAUUUUAAGUUGAUUUUCUACAAGAUUCUGCUUAGAUUUAAUACAUAAUGCUUUUUUUUGAAUACACAAUUUUUUUAUCCUU